AAAGAAUAUUACACUCAGUUCCAUACACAUUUAAUUAAAAUGUUCCCAUCUUCAGAAGGAAUACUUUCUAUUGAAUCAGAUGAAUCAGAUGAAUUUACUUCAUUCUUAAUAAAAAAUAAAGUACAGCCAGAGUGUAUGUACAUUCUAGCAGCUAUUUUUCUUUUGUCUGAGAGGGUAGACGUUCCUAUCGAAAUAUAUAACAUAGAAGAGAAAUAUCUACUUGUUCUGAAAAGCGCAGAUAGAACAACCACGUAUAUUAAUCAGGAGGAAUCAAGCAAAGAUUUAGUAAGUCUUAUUAGAUUUCUGAAAAUGAAUAUAAACAAUGCCAAUGCAAAUCCUGGCAAUUUAGUAGAAAUAUUUAUUGAACCAACUACAUAUGAGGAGUUUAAUACAGGAGAAUUUUUGAACAAACCACCGUUUCUUGUACAGUCGUACAUAUACGAGUUUAUUGAUACACCAGACAAGUACAUUGAGUUUAUAAGGGCCGUGUACACUCUCUUGACUGAGCAAAUAAGGGAUACUGAAUUUGCACUAGAAAAUAUGGCAAUGCGCGAUGAAGUGCUUGGAAAAUAUUUUAUAAGAAGAAAUGCACUUUGGGGGUUAAAAAACCAUACAGUGGCCAUUUGUAAUCUUAAGGAAACAAUAGACAGGUAUAGAAAUUGCCCUUUUAUUGAUUCAGUAGAGCUACCAACAUAUACGCGAGUAAAGGCAUAUGAUAGAGAAAAUGGCAGAGAAAUAGAUGAUGAUGCCCAAAUGUACAUUAAUCAAGUGGAAGUAACUAUAUUGGGACUGGUGUGCUGUUUAAUGUAUGACUCAGAAACGAAAAGGUACACCACAGACCAUCUGCCAACAAAAAAAGAAACAGAGCCACUAAAACAAUUUUUUGAGAAAUAUCCGGUGCCAACAGAGAAUACUAGCCGCGAGAUGCAGCAGGAUUGGUGCAGAGUAAUAGCAAGCUCAAAGAAUGAUAAGAUUGUGUAUACCAGAGAAGGAAAGAAUCAAUUGGCAACCGGUUUGUUAAACAUGCUAUAUGUUAUGUCAGAUAUAACUGGAAACAUAGAAGAAGUGCUUAAAGAACUCGAGAAUAUGAUAAUUGCGCGUGAUAAUGAUGAAACAGGUGAAGAGAUUGAUAUAGAAAACCAUCUAUCUGCAUUAAUUAAUGCACUGUCAAAGAACAAGAAUCUUAAAAUACAUUCUAACUGGUUUAGAGCAGAAACGCGUGUGGAUAAAACAAUUGACUUUUUUGAUAGUUUUGAUAAUUUUGAUCUAGCUUACAUAGAUGAGAUGGUAUGUGGAAGGCUAUCAAUACAUAUAGAAGAACAUCAAUGCAGACUAGAUCUAUUAGGGAAUUCAAUAUUGAAUGAAAAUAAACCAAUUAUUAAAGAGAAGCUCACUGAAAUCUGGAAUGCAUAUGAUAAUCCAAAUAAUUAUAUAGAAUGUAUAAUUAGGCAUUACAUUUCUGUAGAGUUCGCUAAAAUACAAAGUAAUUGUGUGUACGAGGAAGAUUCUGUUAAAAGCAUAAUUUUAAAUAGUAUUGCUGCCAAUAGUUACAGAGGUGUACUUACUAUAUUUUUAUACGGAAGAAUUGAUUCGGCUGAUCACAUGAAAUAUAUUGUUACAUACUUCUUGAUGUUAUAUGUUAAUCCGGAUAUGGCUGACCCCUCACUAAUCCGAAUGACAGACAAUAUUAUAGGAAGUCAUAAAAUGGAUCACUUUUAUAUAAGAAAUAGUAUAUUACAAGGCUAUUUUUUCAAUCCAAAGGCUAAAGAAUAUUAUACAAAAAUUGAUAAGGACAUCUGGAUCUAUGGUAUAGAAAUACACAUUGCUGAGUCGUUUAAACUACUAUGCCAAGCAUUGUUUCUAUCUACAAACGCUGUAGAUGAUAACUUUACAUACUGUUUUACCGAGCUAAUGAAAACAGUAAGUAAAUCAGAUGAAUGGUAUAACUUGAUCAAUAAUUAUCACUCUAUGAUUAAGGAUAUACUUUAUUAUUUAGACCAUACAACCAAACCUAAAAUUGACACAUUUAAUGAGAUAAUCGAUAUUAUUCAGUUCUCAUUUAAUGAACUAGAUAAGUAUAGAGUAACAAAUAUCUACUUGGCUUGGGUUUUUAAUAUGUUUUCAUACGAGAAUUUACAUGAUAAAGGGGAAUGCUUGUCAAAAUUAUUCAAUAUUAUAGAUAAUAAUUAUCUUAGAAUAGAAGAUAAAGAAGAUAUUCAAUGGAGUAUUGAAAAUCUGAACCUCAUAUUUAAUUGUUUAGAUGCUAAUAGAAUUAUAUUAUGUAAUAAUGAUGAUGAACGUACUGAAAAAUACAAUAAGAUUAUACAAAUAUUGAUUAAUAGUGUUGGUUUUGAUCCUAGGAUGAUCUAUGCCUAAUGUGGAAGCCUCUCACCCACGUCUUGGAAGUCUUAUAGAGCUUUCAUAAUUGGAAAUUGUGACUAUAUAAGAUGAGAGUAAUAACCCAUUUUAAUGAGUCUUAAUUCUAUACAUGGGGAUAACUAACUAAUAGUGCAG